AGUUGCGAAUUUCGUCGAAGAAUUAAUUGCCGAAGGAAGAAUACUUUGUUGUACGUGGAAAAUUAUUCCAUUUGAAUGUGAAAUUGCAAUUCAAUUACCCAGAAAUCACGGCUGAUAGACAAGAUAAGAAGCAGUGUUUUUUUUUCAAAGAUGGGACCGCCGUGUAAUGAACCGCAAAUGGCAACGUACAGGGCGGUGUCCUAUAAAGAGCCCUUGGCUCCUAAAAUGUAUUCGAUACAAUAAAUUCAAGCAGAAACAGAGGAGGAAAUGGGGUUAAACAGGUUCUCUCUAGCAGUAGUGGUGAUGAUGAUGAUUAAUGCCAUGCUUCCAUUAGAAGGGUGUUUAGAGGAAGAAAGGAUUGCUCUUUUGCAAAUCAAGACUUCCAUUUUUGAUCCAAGUCGCAUGGGAUCCCCGCUACUCUCCUGGGGAGAGGAUACUCUCUGUUGUAAUUGGGCAGGAGUUACCUGCGAUUCCAUUACAGGACGAGUUAUCGUAAUCUUUCUUUACAACGCAAGAGGUUGGUUCAUAGAUCCUUCAAAGGGAGUUUGGGACCGAAAUGCUUCAAUGGGAGAUUGGUACCUAAAUGCAACCAUGUUUCUUCCCUUCCAAGAACUCAAUAUUCUUGGCUUGAGUAAUAAUGAUAUAGCUGGCUGUGUUCCGAAUGAAGGUUUCGAAAGACUAUCAAGACUUGCCAAAUUGGAGUCUCUCUAUUUAGGACUCAAUAACUUCAACAAUAGCAUCCUAUCAUCCUUCAAAGGCCUUUCUUCUCUUAAACAUCUAUAUCUUGAGAGUAACCAAUUGAAAGGAUCAAUAGAUAUCAAAGAAUUUGAUUCAUUGAGCAAGCUACAGGAGCUAGACCUGAGCCGAAAUGAGAUCCAAAAUCUUGUGACCUCGACAGGCUCUGGAGGACUAUCAAGGCUUACUAAAUUAGAGACUCUUGAUUUAAGCUCAAAUAAAAUCAAUGAUAGCACCUUAUCAUUUCUUAAAGGGCUUUCAUCUCUCAAACAUCUAUAUCUUAAUAACAACCAGUUAAAAGGAUCAAUAGAUAUGAAAGAAUUUGAUUCAUUAAGCAUGUUGGUGGAGCUACGACUAGGAGGAAAUGAAAUCCAAAAUUUUGCGACCUCAACAGGUUUUGAAAGAUCACUAAGGCUUAACAAAUUGGAGAUUCUUGAAUUGAGCUUCAACAAAAUUAAUGACAGCACCCUAUCAUUCCUGGAAGGGCUUUCAUCUCUCAAACAUCUAAAUCUUGAUAACAACCAAUUGAAAGGAUCAAUAGACAUUAAAGGCCUUUGUGAGUUAAAACAACUCCAGGAGCUUGAUAUCAGCUACAACGAUCUCAAUGGUCUGCCUUCUUGUCUCACAAAUUUAAACAACCUUCAAGUUUUAGAUAUCUCUUUCAACAAAUUUUCUGGGAAUAUAUCCUUGAGCCUCAUUGGAAGUCUCACAUCCAUUCGAGAUCUAAAACUGUCAGACAAUCACUUCCAAAUACCAAUCUCACUUGGCCCAUUUUUUAACCUUUCAAACCUCAAGAAUUUGAAUGGUGACCAUAAUGAGAUAUACAAGUCAACAGAGCUGGUACACAAUUUGAUUCCAAGGUUCCAGUUACAGAGGCUUUCUUUGGCAUGUCAUGGAUUCGGUGGGACAUUUCCGAAAUUCCUUUACUAUCAGCAUGACCUUCAAUUUGUUGAUCUCUCACACAUCAAAAUAACAGGAGAAUUUCCAAGCUGGUUGUUACAGAAUAACACAAAACUUGAAGAUCUUUAUUUGGUCAACAGUUCUCUUUCAGGAUCUUUGCAAUUACCAAAUGAUUCCCAUGUGAAUUUGUCACGUUUGGAUAUCUCAAGAAAUCACAUCCAAAAUCAAAUUCCCACUAAAAUUGGGGCAUAUUUCCCGUGGUUAGAGUUCUUAAACAUGUCUAGAAAUUAUUUCAGUGGUAGCAUUCCCUCUUCGAUAAGCAAUAUGAGCUCAUUGGGAGUCUUGGAUUUGUCCAAUAAUCGUUUGUCAGGCAACAUACCCGAGCAGUUGGUUGAAGGCUGUUUAUCAUUACGUGGUCUCGUGCUUUCAAAUAAUCAUUUGAAAGGCCAGUUUUUCUGGAGAAGUUUCAACUUAGCAUACUUGACCGACCUGAUAUUAAGUGGGAAUCAGUUAACAGGGAUUCUUCCAAAUAGCUUGUCUAAUGGUUCUAGAUUGGAAGCAUUGGAUGUCAGUCUCAACAAUUUAUCUGGUAAGAUACCGAGAUGGAUAGGGUAUAUGUCUUCUCUUCAAUAUUUAGACCUUUCAGAGAACAAUCUUUAUGGAAGUCUACCGUCCAGCUUUUGUUCUUCAAGGACGAUGACAGAAGUUUAUUUAUCUAAAAAUAAACUAGAAGGAUCACUGAUUGGUGCACUCGAUGGCUGCCUGUCGCUGAAUAGAUUAGAUCUGAGCCAUAAUUAUUUUGGAGGUGGCAUUCCCGAGUCAAUUGGUUCUUUGUUAGAGUUGAGCUUUCUUCUUUUAGGUUAUAAUAAUCUAGAAGGUAAAAUCCCAAGCCAACUCUGCAAACUAGAGAAAUUAAGCUUGAUUGAUCUUUCUCAUAAUCAUCUGUUCGGUCAUAUUCUUCCAUGCCUACAACCUACCAGCAAGUGGCAGAGGGAAAGGGAAACAUCUUUAAAUCCUUCAGGCAAUUCUCUAGGUCGUGAGAACAGGGAACCACAGAUAGUAUUUCCUGUUCCCGCCGUGGAAGACCCUUCUAUGAAUAAAUCUGUAGAGUUUACAACAAAGAGCAUAUCCUAUUCAUUCAAGGGAAUCAUCCUCAAGUACAUCUCCGGUAUCGAUCUCUCCUGCAACAAUUUGACAGGAGAGAUUCCUGUUGAGCUUGGAAACCUCAGCAACAUCCAGGUGUUGAAUCUAUCCCAUAAUAGUUUAACAGGUCCAAUACCACCUACAUUUUCAAACUUAAAGGAAAUUGAAAGCCUGGAUCUUUCCUACAACAACUUGAACGGGGAAAUUCCUCGUCAGCUUCUCGACUUAAACUUCCUAUCUGCUUUCAGUGUAGCCCACAAUAACUUAUCUGGCAAAACGCCAGAGAUGGUUGCACAAUUCUCAACAUUCAACAAGUCUUGCUAUGAGGGAAAUCCGUUGCUUUGUGGACCACCACUCGCCAGAAAUUGUACUCCGCCAUCACCGCUGCCAAGGUCUCAGACUCAUAAAAAAGAAGAAAAUGGCGUUAUUGAUAUGGAGGCUUUCAUUGUGACAUUUUCAGUGGCAUACAUCAUGGUCCUGUUGACAAUAGGUUCAGUUCUGUACAUAAACCCACGUUGGCGACGAGCAUGGUUUUACUUUAUUGGGGAGAGCAUCAAUAAUUGCUAUUACUUUCUUGUGGACAAUCUACCUGUGCCAGCCAGGUUCAGACGAUUUCAGCCUUGUGUCUAAAAUGAUGUAUGGAAUUUGCAGACAUGUGGGCGAUUGACAAACUGAAUUUCAUUGGAUGAAGGUAAGAAAAUCUCCGCAAGUAAUAUUUUCGUUAUGUGCUUCUAGGGCAUGCAUGGUGCUCAAUUGUCUAUGGAGCUAGAAAGAAAGAAACAUCAAAGUUCAUAGUGGGACUGGUGCAUCCGGAAGGUCUGCCAAGGUCUGGGUAAUGAUUCAAAUGGUUAGAUGCACGCUUGAUAAUUCCAGAUUUCCAAUAUUUUCAGUAAUCAUGAUCAAAUCUAAGGAAUUGAAAUUUUAGAUUUGAAUUUUAUUUUCCCGUAGAGUAUCCAUGACAAAAGCUCAACAGCCAGAGUUCGUAUUUCCUUUAUUUCUUAUGAACAAAUCAAGCAUGCAGUAGAUCUUGCUCUUGUCUUAAUUUUCUUAAGAUGUGUACUAUAAGAGUAUCCAUUUACCGUAA